AUGGCGCCCUCUACUAGAACCGUUAUCCUUGGCUCAUUAUCUGUUUUGUCACUUUAUGCAUUAUUUCAUUUGCCAUCUGGCACACCCGAGCCUGUUCCACAGGAGCCGAUUGCACAGAAGCCCACGCCAAAUGGCCAAUUCACACGGCGAAUAGUUGCAGUCGGGGACUUGCACGGUGACCUGGCGAACAUGAAAAAAGUAUUCUCUAUGGCCGGCGUUAUCAACCAAGCUGGGAAUUGGAGCGGAAAUGUAGAUUUUCUUGUCCAAACGGGUGACAUGAUUGAUAGGGGCGAUGAUACGUUAGAAAUGUAUACCUUGAUGGAUAAGCUGAGGGAACAAGCUCUACACGCUGGAGGCCAGGUUUUAAGUCACCUCGGGAACCAUGAAGUCAUGAACGCCAUCGGUGACUGGAGAUACGUAUACCCUUCAGAGGUUUCCACUUUUGGCACCGUUUCGGAGCGACAACGUAUAAUCAGCUCUGGGUGGGUUGGAAAGGCCUGGCGAUCAAACUACACAAUUACUUCCCGUCUUCCGUUCCAUCCUUCACUUGGUCCUCCCAACACAGACUACAAUCCCAAAGCCCCUCCCAACCCGCUCUCGCAUGCCGCGCUUUCUUUUGUUCAUGGUGGCCUCUCCCCUACAUUCUCAAACCUUACCCCGUAUCCAUCGGCAAUCAACGCGCUGGGCCACAGCCUACUUAAAAGGUUACAAGACCGCGUACAACCCCCGCCUCAUCCUCCUAACCCAUACCCCGGCUUGCCUGAUGGCACAACUCACGCAGAGCACGAGCUUUAUGGCGCAGAUGGUCCGCUUUGGUAUCGCGGCUGGGCAAUGGAGCCCGAUUCGUUCGUUUGCCCUGCGGUAGAAAAUGUUUUGGCCAAGACGGGCGUAAGAAGACUAAUAAUGGGCCACACUCCGAAUUUUGAGCACCAAGUUUCGCGAUGUGACGGAAAAAUUAUCAUCAUAGACACCGGUAUUUCCAAAGCAUAUGGCGGGGUGCUCUCGGCAUUGUCCAUUACCUACACUUUAACCCCCCACGCACCAUCACGUUUCCUCGCCACGUCGAACGAACGGGCCUGGACAGAGCACGAAGUCAUCAAGGCGAUAUAUCCGGAUAAAACCGAGGUCUUUGUAGAUUCCGUACGCGAAAUUCGAGGGUCCUGGUGA